CAAGCACGUGGUUUCUAUUUUCUGACUAUGAGUCAUGAUCAUAGUCCAGUGUGUAGUUGGUGUUUGUGUUAUUUUGUGAUGUAAUGUAAUGUAAUAAAGCAUACGGUUAACUUGUAGAAUUGAUAAACACUUUCGUUCAAAAGUAAUUCAAACGCGCAUCUUAUUUCAAAAUCUACUCGUAGUUAUCUCUUGUGUUAACCUACUUAUUCCAGCCAAGUUUGGCUGUAUUGGGAAUUCACUUGGAGAAUGGAUGAUAACGAUGGUAAUAUGGGGGAAGACUUAAUGCCAGUUUUGAGUGAUGAUGAAUCAGAAGAGUUGUUUGAGGAAGACGUUGAAGAGAUUAUUGUUUUACCUCAAAAUUUGGAUGGACUUGAACAAAAUGACUCGGAUGACGAUCAAGAUAUACAAGAAGAGAUCGCCUCUCCAAGUUCACCUGUAAAAGAUGACUCUGAAUUCAUAUUUAAAAAACAUACAGGACCAGUAUUUUGUUGUGCCUUGGAUCCCAUUAAUGGAAAUUUGGCUGUGACUGGAGGUGAGGAUGAGAAGGCGUAUGUGUGGGUGACUCAAACCGGGGAGGUUGUCUUUGAAUGUGAAGGCCAUAAAGACAGCGUGACCUUUGUAGCGUUCAGUCACGAUGGCAAGUAUCUGGCUACAGGAGAUAUUUCUGGCUACAUUCAAGUUUGGAAAGUGGCCACCAAAACUCGUAUCAUGGUUCAAGUAGGAUCAGAUUAUGGCGGUGAGUUUUUUCACAACUUUAAAAAUUGGAUGCAGUGGCACCACGGGACGAGGGCACUGUUGUAUGGUCAGUGUAAUGGGGACGUGUUCAUGUGGAAGGUGGGUUCUAGCCAAGAAGAAAAUGAUUCACGAUUCAAGCUGUUUGUCGGAUACAACGUUGGUACAGACUGUGCAGUUGUCAUGCCUGAUGGUCGCCGAAUGGCUGUUGGCUACUCUGAUGGAGGUCUGAAGGUUUUUGACUUGAAGUCAGCUCAGGUGCUGGGCAAUAUGGCUGCUGGGCAGGCUCAUUCUGCCGCCAUCUCCGGUGUAGACACUCACUCAGACAACAACAUCAUUGCCACAGGAGGAGGUGACGGUAAAGUCACACUGUUUAAGACUCAGCCUCUCAAGGUACUUUGGAGUUUUGAUUGUUGUGAAGAGGAUGACGUAAAUGCUUUUGUUGAAGCUAUUGUGUUUAGCAAAGACCCCAACUUGCCUUUACUAGCCGUAGGAACUCUAAUUGGUAAACUGCACAUCUUGGACUUCACCAGACAGGUAGUUAGACACAGGUGCAGACAGGAGGCUGGCAUAUGUCGGGUUGUCUGGGACCGCAACAGUUCCGUGGUGUUUGUGGGAUCCCUGGACGGCAUAAUCCGACUGUAUGAUGCACGAAAUGGCAAACAGCAGUCCCAGCUGCGUGGACACAAAGAAACCAUCCUGGACUUGUUUCUCUCCAAGGAUGGCAACACUUUGAUCAGUGCCAGUGAUGACGCCACUUCCAGAAUAUUUGCAGUCAGCCAGCCCGAGCGGUAGCACAAGAGUACCGCAACCAUCACAGUCCCUCCAUAGGAAUAUUUACACUUUUAUCUGCCUGUGAACAAAUCUUGUUCUUGUUGAGUUUUAUAUAUUUGAUACAGUUAUAUAUAUAUUUUAUAAGUAAGUGUGCGUUUUGGGCACUGACUGAGACUGAUGAGGCACGUUCAGGUGUCUGUCUGGAUACUUUAAUCCAAUUAAAUGUCCAGGAACACUAAUUUUGUAAGACUCACAACUUUGAUUAUGUGUUAUAAAGAGUCAGUUCUAAGUUCUUAUAAUAUGAAUAUGUAAACUCUUUGUAGAUUUUUAGACUUAAUUUUUUCUGUUUUUAGUAAGGUAAGGCACCUACCAAAGCUUACAAUUUGUAUAUGCAUUAUCGUCUAAUACAAAAUUGUAUCAUUUUGCCAUAGCUUACCGAAAACUGAGUUUAUUUAAUCAUCAUAUUACAUUUAUUUCGAUUGUGUAUCUUUUAAAAGUUUUUGUUAUACAAUUGGAAAACAAUAUUCUCAACAAAGAUUUAUUUUCAAUAUGCAAUUUGAAAAUAGUCAAAUUUCAGUGUUCAAUUGCUUUGGUCUGGUAGAAUAUCAAAACUUCUAUGAUUAGUUCCUGUCCGUGAAAAAUGGCUAAUUUUAUACUAUGUAACUAACUUUUGAAUUGAAAUAAAUUUGUUUAUUUGUUUAAAA